AUGACCGAGGCCUUCAUGCAGCCACCUCCCCCUCCAAAGACCAAACUGGGUCGUUAUCGGCUUCUGUCUCCAAACGCUGGCGUACAUGUCUCACCAAUUCAGCUUGGGGCAGGAAGUAUUGGCGACAAGUGGGAGAAAUUUGGCUUGGGGAGUAUGGACAAAGCCCGGAGCUUUGAGCUUCUGGAUGCAUACUACGACAGCGGCGGAAACUUCAUUGAUACUGCGAAUCAUUAUCAAGAUGAAACUUCGGAAAUGUUUAUCGGAGAGUGGGCACAGAAGCGAGGAAUCAGGGACCAGCUGUUCAUUGCGACCAAGUACACCACUAAUCUGAAAGCAAAUAACAAUUCUGUCGCACAGCAAAUAAUGUAUACGGGCAACAAUACAAAAUCACUGCACAUAUCAGUUACAGCCUCUCUAACGAAAUUGCGAACAAACUACAUCGAUCUCUUAUAUGUUCAUUGGUGGGACUGGGAUACGAGUAUCGAAGAAAUAAUGCAGUCAUUGCAUAACCUUGUGUUGCAGGGUAAGGUCCUGUACCUUGGAGCUUCAGAUACACCUGCUUGGAUCGUGUCAAAAGCCAAUCAAUAUGCACGAGAUCAUGCAUUAACGCCAUUCGUUAUUUACCAAGGUGCAUGGAAUGUCAUGGAACGCUCUUUCGAACGGGAUAUUAUUCCAAUGGCUAGAGCAGAAGGCAUGGCGUUAGCGCCUUGGAAUGUUCUUGCGGGAGGAAGGAUACGGAGUGACGAAGAGGAAGAACAGCGUCGGCAGACAGGCGAAAAAGGUCGCACGAUAUUAAAUCCUAACUGGGAGCGUAACGACCAAGAAAAGAAAAUGUGUCAGGCACUUUCCAAGGUUGCAGCAGAAGUGGGUGCAAAGAGCAUCAACGCCGUUGCAAUUGCCUAUGUAAUGCAAAAGACCACCUACGUCUUUCCUAUCGUUGGUGGUCGUAAAGUCGAGCAUCUCAUGAGUAACAUAGAGGCCCUUGACAUAAGUUUGAGUAGCAAACAGAUGCAAUACUUGGAAAGCAUUGUCCCGUUAGACCUAGGUUUCCCGUCUUGGUUUAUCGGCGACGGCACCAAGAUAGGCGACUUCAUGAACGUUGCAGGAAACAUCGAGAUGCGUCCCAUGCCACAGCCACUCCAUCCUGCAGUGAAGUCCUAA